GGGAAUUCCGGCUGAGCCGCCUGUACUUGUAUUUGAACGAGAUGUCUGUGCCAGCCAUCACUGUCGAGGAGCCAGCGACAAACUCGCCCGAUGUCGAGAUUCAGAAUCCCGAUGCGACGUCCCGCGAGCGAUCGCUGAGCAAUCUAACGGCGGUGGACAGCGAGUAUACCGGUCGCGAUCGAGCGAUGAGCGGCAGCACAAUGGCAGCCAGCAGCGCCGGGCUCGAGGUUCCAAAGGAGAAAGGCAAGCCAUCGUCAAGCGAAGCGCCGAGUGUCUUUUCAGCGGACGAGCAGGGUGAGGCGCUGCGGCCAGACCCAGGGACAGAGGCGGAUUUCCAGGUCGACAAUAACCCGUUCGCGUACUCGCCGGGGCAACUGAAUAAACUGCUGAAUCCGAAGUCGCUGGCGGCUUUACUUGCACUGGGGGGAUUGUCUGGACUCGCAAAUGGGCUUCACACGGAUCUGAGCACGGGUCUGACGGAGGAAUCGGCAGCUGAUGGGACGCAUACUGCUGGUGCAGGGUCAUCAGGGAAUGGCUUUACUGAGCGGAUCCGCGUCUUUAAACAGAACGUUCUCCCCGAGAAGAAAGCGACGCCGUUAUGGAAACUGAUGUGGCUGGCCUACAACGACAAGGUGCUGAUCUUGCUGACCGCAGCGGCAGCAAUUUCAUUGGCACUGGGAUUAUAUGAGACAUUUGGAGUUGAGCACGAGCCGGGCUCUGGAAUGCCACUGAACUGGGUCGAGGGAUGUGCGAUCUGCGUUGCAAUUGUGAUUGUGGUCAUGGUGGGCUCGUUGAACGACUAUCAGAAGGAGCGCGCGUUCGUCAAACUCAACAAGAAAAAGGAGGACCGUGAAGUGACCGUGGUUCGAUCAGGCAAGUCUCUGAGGAUAUCGGUUCAUGAUAUAUUGGUUGGCGACAUUCUUCACUUGGAGCCUGGAGAUCUGGUGCCAGUCGACGGCGUUUAUAUCGACGGACAUAAUGUCAAAUGUGACGAGUCGUCUGCCACUGGUGAAUCAGACCAGCUGAAGAAGACCGGGGCAGACCAGGCUCUUCGUCUACUGGAGCAGGGACACAGUAAACAGCAAGACAUGGACCCGUUCAUCAUCUCUGGUAGCAAAGUGCUAGAGGGCGUUGGCACAUGCCUUGUCACCUCCGUGGGCGUCAACUCGAGCUAUGGAAAGAUCUUAAUGGCCAUGCGUCAGGACAUGGAGGCGACGCCAUUGCAGAAGAAGCUGGAUCGAUUAGCCGGUGCUAUUGCUAAACUGGGAGCCAGUUCUGCCAUCUUUCUAUUUUUUAUCUUGCUAUUUCGCUUUCUAGGAACGCUUUCGGACAAUCCUCGCACUAGCACGGAAAAAGCAUCACAAGUUAUCGACAUCCUGAUUGUUGCUAUUACAGUCAUCGUCGUCGCUGUUCCUGAAGGCCUUCCACUGGCAGUGACUCUGGCACUGGCCUUCGCAACCACGCGCAUGGUCAAACUGAAUAACCUCGUUCGAGUGCUGAAAUCAUGCGAGACAAUGGGGAAUGCAACAACAGUCUGCUCUGACAAAACUGGAACUCUCACGACAAAUAAAAUGACAGUCGUGACUGGAACGUUUGGAGACGACGACUUUGACGACAAGAACCAGACUGGAAAGGAACGACGCUCAACGGCCUUUGCAAGCUCACUCACACCGGAACAGAAACGGGCAAUUAUCGAAUCUGUUGCAAUCAAUUCGACUGCCUUCGAGGGUGAAGAGAACGGUAUGCCUGGCUUCGUUGGCUCCAAGACCGAGACUGCACUGUUAGGGUUUGCCCGGGAUGUCUUGGGGAUGGGAUCACUCGCAGAGGAACGGGCCAAUUCGACAGUUGUCCAGUUGAUGCCCUUUGAUUCCGGCCGGAAAUGCAUGGGAGCUGUCGUCAAACUGCCGAAUGGGACAUACAGAUUCCUUGUCAAGGGCGCUUCGGAGAUCCUACUGGGAUAUAGCACAUCUCUCUGGAUGCCAACAGGCCAGAUUGAACUCGGUUCUGGUGAACGUGAGAAGCUGGAACAGGUUAUCCUAGACUAUGCAAAGCAAUCACUUCGCACUAUUGCCUUGGUCUCGCGGGACUUUGCAGAGUGGCCACCGAAACACGCACUGAACCCCGAUGAUGAGUCCGAGGCAGACCUUGGUCUUUUACUAGCCGACAUGGCUUUCCUGGGAGUUGUUGGCAUUCAAGAUCCUAUCAGACCUGGUGUCCCAGAGGCCGUGGCAAAGUGUCAUCAUGCUGGGGUGACGGUUCGCAUGGUCACCGGAGACAACAUGGUAACGGCCAAAGCCAUUGCAACUGACUGUGGCAUCUACACUGGGGGAGUAGUUAUGGAGGGGCCUCGCUUUCGAACACUGUCAGAUGCCGAAUUCGACGAUGUUCUACCUAGACUGCAGGUCCUUGCCCGCUCAUCACCGGAAGACAAGCGAAUCUUAGUUACAAGGUUAAGAGGACUGGGAGAGAUUGUUGCAGUAACAGGCGACGGCACCAACGACGGCCCUGCACUCAAGGCCGCCAAUAUCGGAUUUUCCAUGGGUAUUUCAGGCACAGAAGUGGCCAAGGAGGCUUCGGCUAUUGUUCUCAUGGACGACAACUUUGCAAGUAUUCUCACAGCCCUGAUGUGGGGACGAGCUGUCAACGACGCCGUACGCAAGUUCCUGCAGUUCCAGAUCACCGUCAAUAUCACUGCCGUUCUAUUGACAUUCAUCUCUUCCGUGGCGGACUCCGAAAUGCGCUCUGUCCUGACGGCUGUGCAGCUGCUGUGGAUUAAUCUCAUCAUGGACUCUCUCGCUGCCCUCGCAUUAGCAACCGACCCUCCCACCGAAGAAAUCCUCGACCGCAAGCCCAUCAAAGGCGGCGCCCCUCUGAUUUCAACCACAAUGUGGAAGAUGAUAAUCGGACAGUCCAUAUUUCAGCUGAUCGUAACGCUAAUCCUGCACUUCGGCCCCAGGGAGCAAUUCCUCGACUACCCAGACGACAUCCGCCGCUCGAUUGUCUUCAACACCUUCGUCUGGAUGCAGAUAUUCAACGAGUUCAACAACCGGCGUCUAGACAACAAAUUCAAUAUCCUGGCCGGUCUGCACAGGAACUGGUUCUUCAUCGGGAUCAACUGUAUCAUGGUUGGCUGCCAGAUCGUCAUUGCAUUCUUCGGCGGUGCUGCCUUCAGCAUUGUACGCAUCUACGGUGAACAGUGGGCGAUUUGCAUUCUUGUCGCCGCUAUUUCCCUCCCCUGGGCAAUUGUUGUGCGGAUAUUCCCUGACCCUUGGUUCCACGCCAUUGCGAAGUUUGUCGGGACUCCAGUCGUGCUUGUAUACCGUCCUCUGAGCCGGGGGAUGCACCGACUGGGAAGGAAGAUAAAAAGUCUGCGAAAGAAGAAUGUUGAAGAGGAAAGCUCAGAGGAUGAAGAUCAGGAGCCCUCAGACAGCAGCUUCAACCCUGAGACCGAGAAGCACGACGAUAGAAAUGUCUGAUACGCCAUCAUCUUAUGAAUUCCCUUUCUUGUGCUUUUCGCCGCGUGUUUAAUAACGUUGGAUUGGCACCAUUGUUAAUAGCAUGCCUAAGAUUGAGUUUUAAAUAAUACGGUUAUUAUGGUUA